CUUCGUGAGACACAAGCCACAAGGGGGAUAUGGGGACAGCAAGGAACGUACCCUGCUGGGUACUGGUAUGGAUGGCAAUGUCUGUCGGACUCUCCUUCACACAAACAGCAAGCAACCAGACCAUUACUGUCAUCCCAUCGUUGCUGACAAUCCCAAAGACUGCAGGUGUGAGCCCUUCACACAACGGACAGAUUUGCAGCACAUGGGGAAACUAUCACUUCAAAACCUUUGAUGGGUACUUCUUCAAUCUCCCCUCAACCUGCAACUACAUCCUAACCUCACUCUGCAAGACUGCUUAUGAGGAUUUCAACAUUCAGAUGAGGCGUCAGGUUGUAGAUGAUCUGCCCACCAUCAGCAGGAUCACGAUGAAGCUCGAUGGGACAGUGGUGGUCCUCCAGAAUGGUUCCAUUGAGGUCAACGGGCAGAUAGUUUUGGCGCCUUUUAGCCAAGCAGGAAUUCUUAUCGAGAGGACCCCUUCCUAUGUGACUAUCCAUACAAAGCUGGGACUGCAGCUCCAGUGGAAUGAAAAUGAUUAUCUCAUGGUGGAGCUGGACAGUAAAUAUAGAAACCUGACUUGCGGGCUUUGCGGAGACUUCAACAGCCAACCGCUGUAUGAUGAGUUCUUUACAAAUGGUGUGUUAAUGAAUACAUUGCAAAUGGCUAACAUGUGGAGAAUGGACGGGCCGACUGAAAACUGUGAACUGCAGACUGUACAGGAAUGUGGGGAACAGGUUCCAGUUUGCCAGGAGCUGCUGACUGGCUCUGCCUUCAGCAAUUGCCAGGACCUAGUCUUCGUCGACCCCUUUAUCCAGGCCUGCACGCAAGACAUGUGCCAGUGUGACAACAGCAGCAGAUCCUUCUGCCUGUGCAAUACCAUUUCAGAGUACUCACGCCAAUGUGUCCAUGCAGGGGGUAUGCCGGGGCAAUGGAGGACGGACCAGUUUUGUGCUGUGUCAUGUCCCUCCAACAUGCAGUAUCAGGAAUGUGGAAUCCCUUGUCCUGACACCUGUUCUAACCCAGAGAGAGGGCAACUGUGCGAGGAACAUUGUACUGAUGGAUGCUUCUGCCCACCUGGCAUGGUUGUGGACGACAUCACCCAGAAAGGCUGCAUACCAGUGGAGGAUUGUUCCUGCAGACACAAUGGGAAUGUUUACCAGUCUGGGGACUUGUAUACGACCAGCUGUAAAAGCUGUACAUGCUAUGGGGGCCAGUGGGACUGCCAAGACCUGGACUGCCCAGGUAACUGCUCCGUGGAAGGAGGUUCACACAUCACCACCUUUGACGGCAAAGCCUAUAGCUUUCAUGGAGAUUGCUCCUAUGUCCUAACAAAGGAAUGUGACGGAACUGACUUCACUAUUUUGGGAGACUUGAUUAAGUGUGGACAGUCUGACACAGAGACAUGUCUUACUGCCGUGACUCUCUCCAUCACUAAUGGAUCCACUGUCAUCAGAAUCCAGGAUGAUCAAAAUGUGCUCGUUAAUGGACUGGCCACAAAGCUGCCAAUUUACACGGCGUCUGUGAUCAUCUUCAGACCCUCCACAUUUUACGGCAUCGUACAAACCAUGUCUGGGAUUCAGCUCAUGAUCCAGUUCAUCCCCAUCAUGCAGGUCUACAUCUCUCUGGACUCAUCCUACAAAGAUAGGACAUGUGGUCUCUGUGGGAGCUUUAACAGUAUCCAGGCUGACGACUUUAAGACUGAUAGUGGGCUGGUGGAGGGAACAGCUGUGGCCUUUGCCAACACCUGGAAAACAAGAACCAGCUGCCCAGAUGUGAGCAGCAGCUUUGUCAACCCCUGCAGCCAGAGUGUGGACAACGAACGAUAUGCCCAGUACUGGUGCUCCAUGCUAUCAGAUCCACAGGGAGUGUUUGCGCCAUGUCAUACUGAGAUAAGUCCGGACAUCUAUGAAGAUAACUGCAUGUACGACAGCUGCAACUGCGCAGAUAGCGAGAAAUGCAUGUGUGCUUCUAUCUCCGCCUAUGUUCAUGCCUGUGCUGAUGCAGGCGUGCUGCUCUCCGGUUGGAGGGAUACCAUCUGCCAACCAUACCAAACCAGCUGCCCCAGCACCAUGGUCUACUCCUACAACAUGAACAGCUGCGGCCACACCUGCGAUUCCCUCAUUAAACCAGACUACUCCUGUCAGGUGAAAUUCACAGCUGUAGAUGGCUGUGGCUGUGAUCAAGGGAGCUACAUGGACCAAGCGGGGAACUGUGUCCAGCAAGACGGCUGCCUCUGCCAAGAGAGCACAACCUCGGGCACAUGCAGUGACGGGCUGCUCAAAAUGCAGAAUAUGAUCCCUCUUUCUGCCGAACCGACGUGCCAAAGCCCAAUGGUCUUCUUCAACUGCUCAAGUGCUGGACUAGGUGCUCUAGGAUCUGAGUGUCAGAAGAGCUGUAAGAAUCUGGAUAUGACAUGUAUCAGCACAGAAUGCAUGUCAGGCUGUAUGUGUCCCCCUGGCAUGGUAUAUGAUGGGAAUGAGGGAUGUAUAGAGGAAGAGAACUGCCCCUGUUUUUACAAUGAUGCUCCACAUAAUCCAGGAGAUAGUAUUAAAGUAGAUUGCAACACAUGUACUUGUAUGAAUAGGAAAUGGGAGUGUACCAAUAAUGACUGCUAUGGUACCUGUUCUGUCUAUGGAGACGGACAUUAUGUUACUGUUGAUGGGAAAAGGUACAACUUCAAUGGAAACAGUGAAUAUGUUCUCAUCCAGGACUAUUGUGGUGGGAGCAAUUCCAACGGUACCUUCAGAGUCAUCACUGAGAAUAUUCCAUGCGGCACCACAGGCGUCACCUGCUCUAAGGCUAUUAAGCUCUUCCUGGGGAAUAAUGAACUUAUCCUUUCGGAGGGAGAAUACAAAGUAAUUCCAAAAAAUACAGGCAUAGAGGUGCCAUACCAGAUCCGAAUUAUGGGGAUUUACAUUGUUAUUGAAGCCAACAAUAACCUCAUAUUCAUGUGGGACAGAAAAACUAGCAUAUUCAUCAAAUUGAGUCCUGCAUAUAAAGGCCAAGUCUGUGGUUUGUGUGGAAACUAUGACGGCAACAGAAACAACGAUUUCAUCACUCGAAGCCAGUUAGUUGUUGUAGACCCCAUUGAGUUUGGGAACAGCUGGAAAGUCUCUUUGAACAACCUUAAUGAUACAAGCAACAAUGAUCCUUGCAGCACCAAUCCAUACAGGAAGUCAUGGGCCCAGAAACAGUGCAGCAUUAUCAACAGCAAUGUGUUCGCUGCUUGUCAUUCUAAGGUCGAUCCCAGUGCAUUCUAUGAUGACUGUGUCAAAGACUCAUGUGCCUGUGACAGUGGAGGAGACUGUGAGUGCUUCUGCACAGCUGUUGCAGCCUAUGCUCAGGCCUGCAAUGAGGCAGGUGCCUGCAUCACCUGGCGGUCGCCCCAAACCUGCCCAUUGUUCUGUGAUUUCUACAACACUCCUGACCAGUGUGAGUGGCAUUACCAGCCUUGCGGAGCUCCAUGCAUGAAGACUUGCCGGAACCCCACCGGGGUGUGCUCUGAACAAAUGCCAGUGAUGGAAGGUUGCUAUCCCAAUUGCCCCUCGAGUCGACCCUUCUUCGAUGAGGACUCAAUGAAAUGUGUGGAGGCAGAGCAGUGUGGUUGUUACGAUGCUGAAGAGAAACACUACAAUACAGGGGAGAGUGUUCCCACCACACAGAACUGCGAGUCUUGUUACUGUUCAUCAAUUGGAAUAAACUGCACCUAUGAUGUUCAAGCUUGUUCCUGCACCUACAAAGGAAAUAAGUACUCAUAUGGAUCAACAAUAUACCAUACUACUGAUGGUGAUGGAAGCUGUAUCACAGCAGUGUGUGGGGAAAAUGGAACCAUUAACAGGGACAUGUACCCCUGUGAGACUACUGUAGCUCCUACCACAACGACAGCAACAACAACAACAGGAACCACAUCAACACCAACUACAGUUUUUGUAUUUUCAACAGAAAGUACAACAGCAUCUACUGAACCUUCUACCGUAACAACAAAAACUGCAGGAACUACAUCAACACCAACAACGGUUUUUGCAUAUUCGACAGAAAGUACAACAGCAACUACAGCCAUAGGACCGCUAACACAAACAAUACCAAUGAUAACAGCAACACUGCCAAUCACUAUGAAUCAAAUUAGUACUACAGCAGCAGAAACACUGACGACAACAGCAAGUACAACACAAAAUGGUACUAGUGGAUUCACUCGACCAUCCAAGACUGAGACCAGUGGUACCUCAACUAUUUCAGUGACAACUAUCUCAGAAUUAAAAAGCUCAACGACAGUGGUUCCAAAAACGUCUGUGGUACGUUCAACAAGUCCAAGUGAGACAACAUCAGCCCCUUCCACAAGAACAGAAACAACCACUGUCCCAACAUCCACAAUACCAGUCAGCACAACAACACCUGAAACAUUAACAACCUCGACUGAAAGUACAACAACAGGAGUUACUAGUGGAUCCACUCAACCAUCCAAGAUUCAGACUAGUGGUACAUCAACUGCUUCGACAACAACCCUUGCAGAAAUUACAACAUCCACCUCAGAAACUUCAGCAACAUCAGGACCAUCUUCAAGUACUACAACCAUAAUUCGACCGGAAACAACAUCAGUUCCUUCGACAAAAACAGAAACAACCACUAUCCCAACAUCCACAAUACCAGUCAGCAGAACAACAUCUGAAACAGAAACGACCACUGUCCCAACAUCCACAAUACCAGUCAGCACAACAACAUCUGAAACAGUGACAACCUCGACUGAAAGUACAACAACAGGAGUUACUAGUGGAUCCACUCAACCAUCCAAGAUUCAGACCAGUGGUCCAUCAACUGUUUCGACAACAACCCUUGCAGAAAUUACAACUUCCACCUCAGAGACUUCAGCAAAAUCAGGACCACCUUCAAGUACUACAACCAUAAUCCGACCUGAAACAACGUCAGCUCCGUCCACAAAAACAGAAACGGCCACUGUCCCAACAUCCACAAUACCAGUCAGCACAACAACAUCUGAAACAGUGACAAUAUUGACUGAAAGUACAACAACAGGAGUUAGUAGUGGAUCCACUCAACCAUCCAAGAUUCAGACCAGUGGUCCAUCAACUGUUUCGACAACAACCAUUGCAGAAAUUACAACUUCCACCUCACAGACUUCAGCAACAUCAGGACCAUCUUCAAGUACUACAACCAUAAUUCGACCGGAAACAACGUCAGUACCUCCGACAAAAACAGAAACAACCACUGUCCCAACAUCCACAAUACCAGUCAGCACAACAACAUCUGAAACAGUGACAACCGUGACUGAAAGUACAACAACAGAAGUUACUAGUGGAUCCACUCAACCAUCCAAGAUUCAGACCAGUGGUCCAUCAACUGUUUCGACAACAACCCUUGCAGAAAUUACAACUUCCACCUCAGAGACUUCAGCAACAUCAGGCCCACCUUCAAGUACUACAACCACAAUCCAACCUGAAACAACGUCAGCUCCUUCCACAAAAACAGAAACGACCACUGUCCCAACAUCCACAAUACCAGUCAGCACAACAACAUCUGAAACAGUGAGAACCUCGACUGAAGGUACAACAACAGGAGUUACUAGUGGAUCCACUCAACCAUCCAAGAUUCAGACCAGUGGUCCAUCAACUGUUUCGACAACAACCCUUGCAGAAAUUACAACUUCCACCUCAGAGACUUCAGCAACAUCAGGACCACCUUCAAGUACUACAACCAUAAUCCGACCUGAAACAACGUCAGCUCCUUCCACUAAAACAGAAACGACCACUGUCCCAACAUCCACAAUACCAGUCAGCACAACAACAUCUGAAACAGUGACAACCUCGACUGAAGGUACAACAACAGGAGUUACUACUGGAUCCACUCAACCAUCCAAGAUUCAGACCAGUGGUCCAUCAACUGUUUCGACAACAACCCUUGCAGAAAUUACAACUUCCACCUCAGAGACUUCAGCAACAUCAAGACCACCUUCAAGUACUACAACCAUAAUCCGACCUGAAACAACGUCAGCUCCUUCCACAAAAACAGAAACGACCACUGUCCCAACAUCCACAAUACCAGUCAGCACAACAACAUCUGAAACAGUGAGAACCUCGACUGAAGGUACAACAACAGGAGUUACUAGUGGAUCCACUCAACCAUCCAAGAUUCAGACCAGUGGUCCAUCAACUGUUUCGACAACAACCCUUGCAGAAAUUACAACUUCCACCUCAGAGACUUCAGCAACAUCAGGCCCACCUUCAAGUACUACAACCACAAUCCAACCUGAAACAACGUCAGCUCCUUCCACAAAAACAGAAACGACCACUGUCCCAACAUCCACAAUACCAGUCAGCACAACAACAUCUGAAACAGUGAGAACCUCGACUGAAGGUACAACAACAGGAGUUACUAGUGGAUCCACUCAACCAUCCAAGAUUCAGACCAGUGGUCCAUCAACUGUUUCGACAACAACCCUUGCAGAAAUUACAACUUCCACCUCAGAGACUUCAGCAACAUCAGGACCACCUUCAAGUACUACAACCAUAAUCCGACCUGAAACAACGUCAGCUCCUUCCACUAAAACAGAAACGACCACUGUCCCAACAUCCACAAUACCAGUCAGCACAACAACAUCUGAAACAGUGACAACCUCGACUGAAGGUACAACAACAGGAGUUACUAGUGGAUCCACUCAACCAUCCAAGAUUCAGACCAGUGGUCCAUCAACUGUUUCGACAACAACCCUUGCAGAAAUUACAACUUCCACCUCAGAGACUUCAGCAACAUCAAGACCACCUUCAAGUACUACAACCAUAAUCCGACCUGAAACAACGUCAGCUCCUUCCACAAAAACAGAAACGACCACUGUCCCAACAUCCACAAUACCAGUCAGCACAACAACAUCUGAAACAGUGAGAACCUCGACUGAAGGUACAACAACAGGAGUUACUAGUGGAUCCACUCAACCAUCCAAGAUUCAGACCAGUGGUCCAUCAACUGUUUCGACAACAACCCUUGCAGAAAUUACAACUUCCACCUCAGAGACUUCAGCAACAUCAGGAACACCUUCAAGUACUACAACCAUAAUCCGACCUGAAACAACGUCAGCUCCUUCCACUAAAACAGAAACGACCACUGUCCCAACAUCCACAAUACCAGUCAGCACAACAACAUCCGAAACAGUGACAACCUCGACUGUAGGUACAACAACAGGAGUUACUACUGGAUCCACUCAACCAUCCAAGAUUCAGACCAGUGGUCCAUCAACUGUUUCGACAACAACCCUUGCAGAAAUUACAACUUCCACCUCAGAGACUUCAGCAACAUCAAGACCACCUUCAAGUACUACAACCAUAAUCCGACCUGAAACAACGUCAGCUCCUUCCACAAAAACAGAAACGACCACUGUCCCAACAUCCACAAUACCAGUCAGCACAACAACAUCUGAAACAGUGACAACCUCGACUGAAGGUACAACAACAGGAGUUACUACUGGAUCCACUCAACCAUCCAAGAUUCAGACCAGUGGUCCAUCAACUGUUUCGACAACAACCCUUGCAGAAAUUACAACUUCCACCUCAGAGACUUCAGCAACAUCAAGACCACCUUCAAGUACUACAACCAUAAUCCGACCUGAAACAACGUCAGCUCCUUCCACAAAAACAGAAACGACCACUGUCCCAACAUCCACAAUACCAGUCAGCACAACAACAUCUGAAACAGUGAGAACCUCGACUGAAGGUACAACAACAGGAGUUACUAGUGGAUCCACUCAACCAUCCAAGAUUCAGACCAGUGGUCCAUCAACUGUUUUGACAACAACCCUUGCAGAAAUUACAACUUCCACCUCAGAGACUUCAGCAACAUCAGGACCACCUUCAAGUACUACAACCAUAAUCCGACCUGAAACAACGUCAGCUCCUUCCACUAAAACAGAAACGACCACUGUCCCAACAUCCACAAUACCAGUCAGCACAACAACAUCUGAAACAGUGAGAACCUCGACUGAAGGUACAACAACAGGAGUUACUAGUGGAUCCACUCAACCAUCCAAGAUUCAGACCAGUGGUCCAUCAACUGUUUCGACAACAACCCUUGCAGAAAUUACAACUUCCACCUCAGAGACUUCAGCAACAUCAGGACCACCUUCAAGUACUACAACCAUAAUCCGACCUGAAACAACGUCAGCUCCUUCCACUAAAACAGAAACGACCACUGUCCCAACAUCCACAAUACCAGUCAGCACAACAACAUCUGAAACAGUGACAACCUCGACUGAAGGUACAACAACAGGAGUUACUAGUGGAUCCACUCAACCAUCCAAGAUUCAGACCAGUGGUCCAUCAACUGUUUCGACAACAACCCUUGCAGAAAUUACAACUUCCACCUCAGAGACUUCAGCAACAUCAGGACCACCUUCAAGUACUACAACCAUAAUCCGACCUGAAACAACGUCAGCUCCUUCCACUAAAACAGAAACGACCACUGUCCCAACAUCCACAAUACCAGUCAGCACAACAACAUCUGAAACAGUGAGAACCUCGACUGAAGGUACAACAACAGGAGUUACUAGUGGAUCCACUCAACCAUCCAAGAUUCAGACCAGUGGUCCAUCAACUGUUUCGACAACAACCCUUGCAGAAAUUACAACUUCCACCUCAGAGACUUCAGCAACAUCAAGACCACCUUCAAGUACUACAACCAUAAUCCGACCUGAAACAACGUCAGCUCCUUCCACAAAAACAGAAACGACCACUGUCCCAACAUCCACAAUACCAGUCAGCACAACAACAUCUGAAACAGUGAGAACCUCGACUGAAGGUACAACAACAGGAGUUACUAGUGGAUCCACUCAACCAUCCAAGAUUCAGACCAGUGGUCCAUCAACUGUUUUGACAACAACCCUUGCAGAAAUUACAACUUCCACCUCAGAGACUUCAGCAACAUCAGGACCACCUUCAAGUACUACAACCAUAAUCCGACCUGAAACAACGUCAGCUCCUUCCACUAAAACAGAAACGACCACUGUCCCAACAUCCACAAUACCAGUCAGCACAACAACAUCUGAAACAGUGACAACCUCGACUGAAGGUACAACAACAGGAGUUACUACUGGAUCCACUCAACCAUCCAAGAUUCAGACCAGUGGUCCAUCAACUGUUUCGACAACAACCCUUGCAGAAAUUACAACUUCCACCUCAGAGACUUCAGCAACAUCAAGAACACCUUCAAGUACUACAACCAUAAUCCGACCUGAAACAACGUCAGCUCCUUCCACAAAAACAGAAACGACCACUGUCCCAACAUCCACAAUACCAGUCAGCACAACAACAUCUGAAACAGUGAGAACCUCGACUGAAGGUAUAACAACAGGAGUUACUAGUGGAUCCACUCAACCAUCCAAGAUUCAGACCAGUGGUCCAUCAACUGUUUUGACAACAACCCUUGCAGAAAUUACAACUUCCACCUCAGAGACUUCAGCAACAUCAGGACCACCUUCAAGUACUACAACCAUAAUCCGACCUGAAACAACGUCAGCUCCUUCCACUAAAACAGAAACGACCACUGUCCCAACAUCCACAAUACCAGUCAGCACAACAACAUCUGAAACAGUGAGAACCUCGACUGAAGGUACAACAACAGGAGUUACUAGUGGAUCCACUCAACCAUCCAAGAUUCAGACCAGUGGUCCAUCAACUGUUUCGACAACAACCCUUGCAGAAAUUACAACUUCCACCUCAGAGACUUCAGCAACAUCAGGACCACCUUCAAGUACUACAACCAUAAUCCGACCUGAAACAACGUCAGCUCCUUCCACUAAAACAGAAACGACCACUGUCCCAACAUCCACAAUACCAGUCAGCACAACAACAUCUGAAACAGUGACAACCUCGACUGAAGGUACAACAACAGGAGUUACUAGUGGAUCCACUCAACCAUCCAAGAUUCAGACCAGUGGUCCAUCAACUGUUUUGACAACAACCCUUGCAGAAAUUACAACUUCCACCUCAGAGACUUCAGCAACAUCAGGACCACCUUCAAGUACUACAACCAUAAUCCGACCUGAAACAACGUCAGCUCCUUCCACUAAAACAGAAACGACCACUGUCCCAACAUCCACAAUACCAGUCAGCACAACAACAUCUGAAACAGUGAGAACCUCGACUGAAGGUACAACAACAGGAGUUACUAGUGGAUCCACUCAACCAUCCAAGAUUCAGACCAGUGGUCCAUCAACUGUUUCGACAACAACCCUUGCAGAAAUUACAACUUCCACCUCAGAGACUUCAGCAACAUCAGGACCACCUUCAAGUACUACAACCAUAAUCCGACCUGAAACAACGUCAGCUCCUUCCACUAAAACAGAAACGACCACUGUCCCAACAUCCACAAUACCAGUCAGCACAACAACAUCUGAAACAGUGACAACCUCGACUGAAGGUACAACAACAGGAGUUACUAGUGGAUCCACUCAACCAUCCAAGAUUCAGACCAGUGGUCCAUCAACUGUUUCGACAACAACCCUUGCAGAAAUUACAACUUCCACCUCAGAGACUUCAGCAACAUCAAGACCACCUUCAAGUACUACAACCAUAAUCCGACCUGAAACAACGUCAGCUCCUUCCACAAAAACAGAAACGACCACUGUCCCAACAUCCACAAUACCAGUCAGCACAACAACAUCUGAAACAGUGAGAACCUCGACUGAAGGUACAACAACAGGAGUUACUAGUGGAUCCACUCAACCAUCCAAGAUUCAGACCAGUGGUCCAUCAACUGUUUCGACAACAACCCUUGCAGAAAUUACAACUUCCACCUCAGAGACUUCAGCAACAUCAGGACCACCUUCAAGUACUACAACCAUAAUCCGACCUGAAACCACGUCAGCUCCUUCCACUAAAACAGAAACGACCACUGUCCCAACAUCCACAAUACCAGUCAGCACAACAACAUCUGAAACAGUGACAACCUCGACUGAAGGUACAACAACAGGAGUUACUACUGGAUCCACUCAACCAUCCAAGAUUCAGACCAGUGGUCCAUCAACUGUUUCGACAACAACCCUUGCAGAAAUUACAACUUCCACCUCAGAGACUUCAGCAACAUCAGGACCACCUUCAAGUACUACAACCAUAAUCCGACCUGAAACAACGUCAGCUCCUUCCACAAAAACAGAAACGACCACUGUCCCAACAUCCACAAUACCAGUCAGCACAACAACAUCUGAAACAGUGAGAACCUCGACUGAAGGUACAACAACAGGAGUUACUAGUGGAUCCACUCAACCAUCCAAGAUUCAGACCAGUGGUCCAUCAACUGUUUUGACAACAACCCUUGCAGAAAUUACAACUUCCACCUCAGAGACUUCAGCAACAUCAGGACCACCUUCAAGUACUACAACCAUAAUCCGACCUGAAACAACGUCAGCUCCUUCCACUAAAACAGAAACGACCACUGUCCCAACAUCCACAAUACCAGUCAGCACAACAACAUCUGAAACAGUGACAACCUCGACUGAAGGUACAACAACAGGAGUUACUACUGGAUCCACUCAACCAUCCAAGAUUCAGACCAGUGGUCCAUCAACUGUUUCGACAACAACCCUUGCAGAAAUUACAACUUCCACCUCAGAGACUUCAGCAACAUCAAGACCACCUUCAAGUACUACAACCAUAAUCCGACCUGAAACAACGUCAGCUCCUUCCACAAAAACAGAAACGACCACUGUCCCAACAUCCACAAUACCAGUCAGCACAACAACAUCUGCAACAGUGACAACCGUGACUGAAAGUACAACAACAGGAGUAACUAGUGGAUCCACUCAACCAUCCAAGAUUCAGACCAGUGGUCCAUCAACUGUUUCGACAACAACCCUUGCAGAAAUUACAACUUCCACCUCAGAGACUUCAGCAACAUCAGGACCACCUUCAAGUACUACAACCAUAAUCCGACCUGAAACAACGUCAGCUCCUUCCACUAAAACAGAAACGACCACUGUCCCAACAUCCACAAUACCAGUCAGCACAACAACAUCUGAAACAGUGACAACCUUGACUGAAGGUACAACAACAGGAGUUACUAGUGGAUCCACUCAACCAUCCAAGAUUCAGACCAGUGGUCCAUCAACUGUUUCGACAACAACCCUUGCAGAAAUUACAACUUCCACCUCAGAGACUUCAGCAACAUCAGGACCACCUUCAAGUACUACAACCAUAAUCCGACCUGAAACAACGUCAGCUCCUUCCACUAAAACAGAAACGACCACUGUCCCAACAUCCACAAUACCAGUCAGCACAACAACAUCUGAAACAGUGAGAACUUCUACUGAAAGUACAACAACAGGAGUUACUAGUGGAUCCACUCAACCAUCCAAGAUUCAGACCAGUGGUCCAUCAACUGUUUCGACAACAACCCUUGCAGAAAUUACAACUUCCACCUCAGAGACUUCAGCAACAUCAAGACCACCUUCAAGUACUACAACCAUAAUCCGACCUGAAACAACGUCAGCUCCUUCCACAAAAACAGAAACGACCACUGUCCCAACAUCCACAAUACCAGUCAGCACAACAACAUCUGAAACAGUGAGAACCUCGACUGAAGGUACAACAACAGGAGUUACUAGUGGAUCCACUCAACCAUCCAAGAUUCAGACCAGUGGUCCAUCAACUGCUUCGACAACCACCCUUGCAGAAAUUACAACAUCCACCUCAGAGACUUCAUCAACAUCAGCACCACCUUCAAGUACUACAACCACAAUCCAACCUGAAACAACGUCAGCUCCUUCCACAAAAACAGAAACGACCACUGUCCCAACAUCCACAAUACCAGUCAGCACAACAACAUCUGCAACAGUGACAACCGUGACUGAAAGUACAACAACAGAAGUUACUAGUGGAUCCACUCAACCAUCCAAGAUUCAGACCAGUGGUCCAUCAACUGUUUCGACAACAACCCUUGCAGAAAUUACAACUUCCACCUCAGAGACUUCAGCAACAUCAGGACCACCUUCAAGUACUACAACCAUAAUCCGACCUGAAACAACGUCAGCUCCUUCCACUAAAACAGAAACGACCACUGUCCCAACAUCCACAAUACCAGUCAGCACAACAACAUCUGAAACAGUGACAACCUUGACUGAAGGUACAACAACAGGAGUUACUAGUGGAUCCACUCAACCAUCCAAGAUUCAGACCAGUGGUCCAUCAAUUGUUUCGACAACAACCCUUGCAGAAAUUACAACUUCCACCUCAGAGACUUCAGCAACAUCAAGACCACCUUCAAGUACUACAACCAUAAUCCGACCUGAAACAACGUCAGCUCCUUCCACAAAAACAGAAACGACCACUGUCCCAACAUCCACAAUACCAGUCAGCACAACAACAUCUGAAACAGUGAGAACCUCGACUGAAGGUACAACAACAGGAGUUACUAGUGGAUCCACUCAACCAUCCAAGAUUCAGACCAGUGGUCCAUCAACUGCUUCGACAACCACCCUUGCAGAAAUUACAACAUCCACCUCAGAGACUUCAUCAACAUCAGCACCACCUUCAAGUACUACAACCACAAUCCAACCUGAAACAACGUCAGCUCCUUCCACAAAAACAGAAACGACCACUGUCCCAACAUCCACAAUACCAGUCAGCACAACAACAUCUGCAACAGUGACAACCGUGACUGAAAGUACAACAACAGAAGUUACUAGUGGAUCCACUCAACCAUCCAAGAUUCAGACCAGUGGUCCAUCAACUGUUUCGACAACAACCCUUGCAGAAAUUACAACUUCCACCUCAGAGACUUCAGCAACAUCAGGACCACCUUCAAGUACUACAACCAUAAUCCGACCUGAAACAACGUCAGCUCCUUCCACUAAAACAGAAACGACCACUGUCCCAACAUCCACAAUACCAGUCAGCACAACAACAUCUGAAACAGUGACAACCUUGACUGAAGGUACAACAACAGGAGUUACUAGUGGAUCCACUCAACCAUCCAAGAUUCAGACCAGUGGUCCAUCAAUUGUUUCGACAACAACCCUUGCAGAAAUUACAACUUCCACCUCAGAGACUUCAGCAACAUCAAGACCACCUUCAAGUACUACAACCAUAAUCCGACCUGAAACAACGUCAGCUCCUUCCACAAAAACAGAAACGACCACUGUCCCAACAUCCACAAUACCAGUCAGCACAACAACAUCUGAAACAGUGAGAACCUCGACUGAAGGUACAACAACAGGAGUUACUAGUGGAUCCACUCAACCAUCCAAGAUUCAGACCAGUGGUCCAUCAACUGCUUCGACAACCACCCUUGCAGAAAUUACAACAUCCACCUCAGAGACUUCAUCAACAUCAGCACCACCUUCAAGUACUACAACCACAAUCCAACCUGAAACAACGUCAGCUCCUUCCACAAAAACAGAAACGACCACUGUCCCAACAUCCACAAUACCAGUCAGCACAACAACAUCUGCAACAGUGACAACCGUGACUGAAAGUACAACAACAGAAGUUACUAGUGGAUCCACUCAACCAUCCAAGAUUCAGACCAGUGGUCCAUCAACUGUUUCGACAACAACCCUUGCAGAAAUUACAACUUCCACCUCAGAGACUUCAGCAACAUCAGGACCACCUUCAAGUACUACAACCAUAAUCCGACCUGAAACAACGUCAGCUCCUUCCACUAAAACAGAAACGACCACUGUCCCAACAUCCACAAUACCAGUCAGCACAACAACAUCUGAAACAGUGAGAACCUCGACUGAAGGUACAACAACAGGAGUUACUAGUGGAUCCACUCAACCAUCCAAGAUUCAGACCAGUGGUCCAUCAACUGUUUCGACAACAACCCUUGCAGAAAUUACAACUUCCACCUCAGAGACUUCAGCAACAUCAGGACCACCUUCAAGUACUACAACCAUAAUCCGACCUGAAACAACGUCAGCUCCUUCCACUAAAACAGAAACGACCACUGUCCCAACAUCCACAAUACCAGUCAGCACAACAACAUCUGAAACAGUGACAACCUCGACUGAAGGUACAACAACAGGAGUUACUAGUGGAUCCACUCAACCAUCCAAGAUUCAGACCAGUGGUCCAUCAACUGUUUCGACAACAACCCUUGCAGAAAUUACAACUUCCACCUCAGAGACUUCAGCAACAUCAAGACCACCUUCAAGUACUACAACCAUAAUCCGACCUGAAACAACGUCAGCUCCUUCCACAAAAACAGAAACGACCACUGUCCCAACAUCCACAAUACCAGUCAGCACAACAACAUCUGAAACAGUGAGAACUUCUACUGAAAGUACAACAACAGGAGUUACUAGUGGAUCCACUCAACCAUCCAAGAUUCAGACCAGUGGUCCAUCAACUGUUUCGACAACAACCCUUGCAGAAAUUACAACUUCCACCUCAGAGACUUCAGCAACAUCAAGACCACCUUCAAGUACUACAACCAUAAUCCGACCUGAAACAACGUCAGCUCCUUCCACUAAAACAGAAACGACCACUGUCCCAACAUCCACAAUACCAGUCAGCAGAACAACAUCUGAAACAGUGAGAACUUCUACUGAAAGUACAACAACAGGAGUUACUAGUGGAUCCACUCAACCAUCCAAAAUUCAGACCAGUGGUCCAUCAACUGUUUCGACAACAACCCUUGCAGAAAUUACAACUUCCACCUCAGAGACUUCAGCAACAUCAAGACCACCUUCAAGUACUACAACCAUAAUCCGACCUGAAACAACGUCAGCUCCUUCCACAAAAACAGAAACGACCACUGUCCCAACAUCCACAAUACCAGUCAGCACAACAACAUCUGAAACAGUGAGAACCUCGACUGAAGGUACAACAACAGGAGUUACUAGUGGAUCCACUCAACCAUCCAAGAUUCAGACCAGUGGUCCAUCAACUGUUUCGACAACAACCCUUGCAGAAAUUACAACUUCCACCUCAGAGACUUCAGCAACAUCAAGACCACCUUCAAGUACUACAACCAUAAUCCGACCUGAAACAACGUCAGCUCCUUCCACAAAAACAGAAACGACCACUGUCCCAACAUCCACAAUACCAGUCAGCACAACAACAUCUGAAACAGUGAGAACCUCGACUGAAGGUACAACAACAGGAGUUACUAGUGGAUCCACUCAACCAUCCAAGAUUCAGACCAGUGGUCCAUCAACUGCUUCGACAACCACCCUUGCAGAAAUUACAACAUCCACCUCAGAGACUUCAUCAACAUCAGCACCACCUUCAAGUACUACAACCACAAUCCAACCUGAAACAACGUCAGCUCCUUCCACAAAAACAGAAACGACCACUGUCCCAACAUCCACAAUACCAGUCAGCACAACAACAUCUGCAACAGUGACAACCGUGACUGAAAGUACAACAACAGAAGUUACUAGUGGAUCCACUCAACCAUCCAAGAUUCAGACCAGUGGUCCAUCAACUGUUUCGACAACAACCCUUGCAGAAAUUACAACUUCCACCUCAGAGACUUCAGCAACAUCAGGACCACCUUCAAGUACUACAACCAUAAUCCGACCUGAAACAACGUCAGCUCCUUCCACUAAAACAGAAACGACCACUGUCCCAACAUCCACAAUACCAGUCAGCACAACAACAUCUGAAACAGUGACAACCUUGACUGAAGGUACAACAACAGGAGUUACUAGUGGAUCCACUCAACCAUCCAAGAUUCAGACCAGUGGUCCAUCAAUUGUUUCGACAACAACCCUUGCAGAAAUUACAACUUCCACCUCAGAGACUUCAGCAACAUCAAGACCACCUUCAAGUACUACAACCAUAAUCCGACCUGAAACAACGUCAGCUCCUUCCACAAAAACAGAAACGACCACUGUCCCAACAUCCACAAUACCAGUCAGCACAACAACAUCUGAAACAGUGAGAACCUCGACUGAAGGUACAACAACAGGAGUUACUAGUGGAUCCACUCAACCAUCCAAGAUUCAGACCAGUGGUCCAUCAACUGCUUCGACAACCACCCUUGCAGAAAUUACAACAUCCACCUCAGAGACUUCAUCAACAUCAGCACCACCUUCAAGUACUACAACCACAAUCCAACCUGAAACAACGUCAGCUCCUUCCACAAAAACAGAAACGACCACUGUCCCAACAUCCACAAUACCAGUCAGCACAACAACAUCUGCAACAGUGACAACCGUGACUGAAAGUACAACAACAGAAGUUACUAGUGGAUCCACUCAACCAUCCAAGAUUCAGACCAGUGGUCCAUCAACUGUUUCGACAACAACCCUUGCAGAAAUUACAACUUCCACCUCAGAGACUUCAGCAACAUCAGGACCACCUUCAAGUACUACAACCAUAAUCCGACCUGAAACAACGUCAGCUCCUUCCACUAAAACAGAAACGACCACUGUCCCAACAUCCACAAUACCAGUCAGCACAACAACAUCUGAAACAGUGACAACCUUGACUGAAGGUACAACAACAGGAGUUACUAGUGGAUCCACUCAACCAUCCAAGAUUCAGACCAGUGGUCCAUCAAUUGUUUCGACAACAACCCUUGCAGAAAUUACAACUUCCACCUCAGAGACUUCAGCAACAUCAAGACCACCUUCAAGUACUACAACCAUAAUCCGACCUGAAACAACGUCAGCUCCUUCCACAAAAACAGAAACGACCACUGUCCCAACAUCCACAAUACCAGUCAGCACAACAACAUCUGAAACAGUGAGAACCUCGACUGAAGGUACAACAACAGGAGUUACUAGUGGAUCCACUCAACCAUCCAAGAUUCAGACCAGUGGUCCAUCAACUGCUUCGACAACCACCCUUGCAGAAAUUACAACAUCCACCUCAGAGACUUCAUCAACAUCAGCACCACCUUCAAGUACUACAACCACAAUCCAACCUGAAACAACGUCAGCUCCUUCCACAAAAACAGAAACGACCACUGUCCCAACAUCCACAAUACCAGUCAGCACAACAACAUCUGCAACAGUGACAACCGUGACUGAAAGUACAACAACAGAAGUUACUAGUGGAUCCACUCAACCAUCCAAGAUUCAGACCAGUGGUCCAUCAACUGUUUCGACAACAACCCUUGCAGAAAUUACAACUUCCACCUCAGAGACUUCAGCAACAUCAGGACCACCUUCAAGUACUACAACCAUAAUCCGACCUGAAACAACGUCAGCUCCUUCCACUAAAACAGAAACGACCACUGUCCCAACAUCCACAAUACCAGUCAGCACAACAACAUCUGAAACAGUGAGAACCUCGACUGAAGGUACAACAACAGGAGUUACUAGUGGAUCCACUCAACCAUCCAAGAUUCAGACCAGUGGUCCAUCAACUGUUUCGACAACAACCCUUGCAGAAAUUACAACUUCCACCUCAGAGACUUCAGCAACAUCAGGACCACCUUCAAGUACUACAACCAUAAUCCGACCUGAAACAACGUCAGCUCCUUCCACUAAAACAGAAACGACCACUGUCCCAACAUCCACAAUACCAGUCAGCACAACAACAUCUGAAACAGUGACAACCUCGACUGAAGGUACAACAACAGGAGUUACUAGUGGAUCCACUCAACCAUCCAAGAUUCAGACCAGUGGUCCAUCAACUGUUUCGACAACAACCCUUGCAGAAAUUACAACUUCCACCUCAGAGACUUCAGCAACAUCAAGACCACCUUCAAGUACUACAACCAUAAUCCGACCUGAAACAACGUCAGCUCCUUCCACAAAAACAGAAACGACCACUGUCCCAACAUCCACAAUACCAGUCAGCACAACAACAUCUGAAACAGUGAGAACUUCUACUGAAAGUACAACAACAGGAGUUACUAGUGGAUCCACUCAACCAUCCAAGAUUCAGACCAGUGGUCCAUCAACUGUUUCGACAACAACCCUUGCAGAAAUUACAACUUCCACCUCAGAGACUUCAGCAACAUCAAGACCACCUUCAAGUACUACAACCAUAAUCCGACCUGAAACAACGUCAGCUCCUUCCACUAAAACAGAAACGACCACUGUCCCAACAUCCACAAUACCAGUCAGCAGAACAACAUCUGAAACAGUGAGAACUUCUACUGAAAGUACAACAACAGGAGUUACUAGUGGAUCCACUCAACCAUCCAAAAUUCAGACCAGUGGUCCAUCAACUGUUUCGACAACAACCCUUGCAGAAAUUACAACUUCCACCUCAGAGACUUCAGCAACAUCAAGACCACCUUCAAGUACUACAACCAUAAUCCGACCUGAAACAACGUCAGCUCCUUCCACAAAAACAGAAACGACCACUGUCCCAACAUCCACAAUACCAGUCAGCACAACAACAUCUGAAACAGUGAGAACCUCGACUGAAGGUACAACAACAGGAGUUACUAGUGGAUCCACUCAACCAUCCAAGAUUCAGACCAGUGGUCCAUCAACUGCUUCGACAACCACCCUUGCAGAAAUUACAACAUCCACCUCAGAGACUUCAUCAACAUCAGCACCACCUUCAAGUACUACAACCACAAUCCAACCUGAAACAACGUCAGCUCCUUCCACAAAAACAGAAACGACCACUGUCCCAACAUCCACAAUACCAGUCAGCACAACAACAUCUGCAACAGUGACAACCGUGACUGAAAGUACAACAACAGAAGUUACUAGUGGAUCCACUCAACCAUCCAAGAUUCAGACCAGUGGUCCAUCAACUGUUUCGACAACAACCCUUGCAGAAAUUACAACUUCCACCUCAGAGACUUCAGCAACAUCAGGACCACCUUCAAGUACUACAACCACAAUCCGACCUGAAACAACGUCAGCUCCUUCCACUAAAACAGAAACGACCACUGUCCCAACAUCCACAAUACCAGUCAGCACAACAACAUCUGAAACAGUGAGAACCUCGACUGAAGGUACAACAACAGGAGUUACUAGUGGAUCCACUCAACCAUCCAAGAUUCAGACCAGUGGUCCAUCAACUGUUUCGACAACAACCCUUGCAGAAAUUACAACUUCCACCUCAGAGACUUCAGCAACAUCAGGACCACCUUCAAGUACUACAACCAUAAUCCGACCUGAAACAACGUCAGCUCCUUCCACUAAAACAGAAACGACCACUGUCCCAACAUCCACAAUACCAGUCAGCACAACAACAUCUGAAACAGUGACAACCUCGACUGAAGGUACAACAACAGGAGUUACUAGUGGAUCCACUCAACCAUCCAAGAUUCAGACCAGUGGUCCAUCAACUGUUUCGACAACAACCCUUGCAGAAAUUACAACUUCCACCUCAGAGACUUCAGCAACAUCAAGACCACCUUCAAGUACUACAACCAUAAUCCGACCUGAAACAACGUCAGCUCCUUCCACAAAAACAGAAACGACCACUGUCCCAACAUCCACAAUACCAGUCAGCAGAACAACAUCUGAAGCAGUGAGAACUUCUACUGAAAGUACAACAACAGGAGUUACUAGUGGAUCCACUCAACCAUCCAAGAUUCAGACCAGUGGUCCAUCAACUGUUUCGACAACAACCCUUGCAGAAAUUACAACUUCCACCUCAGAGACUUCAGCAACAUCAAGACCACCUUCAAGUACUACAACCAUAAUCCGACCUGAAACAACGUCAGCUCCUUCCACUAAAACAGAAACGACCACUGUCCCAACAUCCACAAUACCAGUCAGCAGAACAACAUCUGAAACAGUGAGAAUUUCUACUGAAAGUACAACAACAGGAGUUACUAGUGGAUCCACUCAACCAUCCAAAAUUCAGACCAGUGGUCCAUCAACUGUUUCGACAACAACCCUUGCAGAAAUUACAACUUCCACCUCAGAGACUUCAGCAACAUCAAGACCACCUUCAAGUACUACAACCAUAAUCCGACCUGAAACAACGUCAGCUCCUUCCACAAAAACAGAAACGACCACUGUCCCAACAUCCACAAUACCAGUCAGCACAACAACAUCUGAAACAGUGAGAACCUCGACUGAAGGUACAACAACAGGAGUUACUAGUGGAUCCACUCAACCAUCCAAGAUUCAGACCAGUGGUCCAUCAACUGUUUCGACAACAACCCUUGCAGAAAUUACAACUUCCACCUCAGAGACUUCAGCAACAUCAGGACCACCUUCAAGUACUACAACCAUAAUCCGACCUGAAACAACAUCAGCUCCUUCCACAAAAACAGAAACGACCUCUGUCCCAACAUCCACAAUACCAGUCAGCACAACAACAUCUGCAACAGUGACAACCGUGACUGAAAGUUCAACAACAGGAGUAACUAGUGGAUCCACUCAACCAUCCAAGAUUCAGACCAGUGGUCCAUCAACUGUUUCGACAACAACCCUUGCAGAAAUUACAACUUCCACCUCAGAGACUUCAGCAACAUCAGGACCACCUUCAAGUACUACAACCACAAUCCAACCUGAAACAACGUCAGCUCCUUCCACAAAAACAGAAACGACCACUGUCCCAACAUCCACAAUACCAGUCAGCACAACAACAUCUGAAACAGUGAGAACCUCGACUGAAGGUACAACAACAGGAGUUAUUAGUGGAUCCACUCAACCAUCCAAGAUUCAGACCAGUGGUCCAUCAACUGUUUCGACAACAACCCUUGCAGAAAUUACAACAUCCACCUCAGAAACUUCAGCAACAUCAAGACCACCUUCAAGUACUACUACCAUAAUCCGACCUGAAACAACAUCAGCUCCUUCCACAAAAACAGAAAUGACCACUCUCCCAACAUCCACAAUACCAGUCAGCACAACAACAUCUGAAACAGUGAGAACCUCGACUGAAAGUACAACAACAGAAGUUACUAGUGGAUCCACUCAACCAUCCAAGAUUCAGACCAGUGGUCCAUCAACUGUUUCGACAACAACCCUUGCAGAAAUUACAACAUCCACCUCAGAAACUUCAGCAACAUCAAGACCACCUUCAAGUACUACAACCAUAAUCCGACCUGAAACAACGUCAGCUCCUUCCACAAAAACAGAAACGACCACUGUCCCAACAUCCACAAUACCAGUCAGCAGAACAACAUCCGAAACAGUGACAACUUUGACUGAAAGUACAACAACAGGAGUUACUAGUGGAUCCACUCAAGCAUCUAAGAUUCAGACCAGUGGUCCAUCAACUGCUGUGACAAAAACCAUUGUAGAAAUUGCAACUUCUACUACGCAAACUUCAGCAGCAUCAGGACCACCUUCAAGCACCGCAACCAUUAUCCGACCUCAAACAACUUCAGUAUCUUCCACAAAAACAGAAACAACCACUGUCACAUCAUCCACAAUACCAGUCAGCACAACAACAUCUGAAACAGUGACAACCGUGACUGAAAGUUCAACAACAGGAGUUACUAGUGGAUCCACUCAACCAUCCAAGAUUCAGACCAGUGGUCCAUCAACUGUUUCGACAACAACCCUUGCAGAAAGUACAACUUCCACCUCAGAGACUUCAGCAACAUCAGGACCAUCUUCAAGCACCACAACCAUAAUUCAACCUGAAACAACGUCAGCUCAUUCCACAAAAACAGAAACAACCAGGUCAUUUACUGAGAAUCACAGUACAACAAUGGAAAUUUCUACUUACGUCCCUACAACGUCAACCCCUUAUACUGCUGUUGCACCAGUUACACAAAUGUUACCUACUAUUACAAUGACCUUUCCUAAAACUACCGUAUACGCUACACAACCCCAGCAUCUUUCAACAGGAAGCAGUGGAAUUACUCAGUCUGAAAUUACAACACAGAUGAAGUCGUCAACUAUAUCUACUCAUCCCCUCUCAACAAUUACUUCUGCUACCUUCAAUAGUAGUACUGUUCAGGAAACAACACUACAUUGUACGUGCAAGUACAAUAACACAGAUUUUAUGCCAGGUUCGCUGAUAUACAACCAGACUGAUGAUGCAGGAUGGUGUUUCACUGCUAUUUGCAGUCUCUCAUGCAUUGUAGUCAAACAGCCAAUGCCCUGCCAGACCACCAUACCUUCACCCACUUCUACAUCUUCUACACUGAAUGCUGCCACUUCUGCAAUGACAACACAACAGCACAGCACAGCCACAGCAUCACCCACUGUGUCACAACAUACACAUAGUCCUUCGGUCGAAACUACUCAGUCUGAAACCAUUACAUCUGGGCUUGACUGCAACAAUGUUGAGCCACCAAGAAAGGAUGGCGAAUCAUGGCAGGUGGAUAAUUGUACUACUGCCACAUGUCAAAAAGGCAUUGUUUACACACGUUAUGACUGUCCAUACUGUAAUGGGUCUGAUGGCCAACUCAGAAAGCUUGGAGAGACCUGGCAGACCAACUGUGACCAAUGUGAAUGUAAUGCCAGCUCCGUGACCAUCCAAUGCCAGCCUUUCAGGUGUACAGCCCAAGCCAACCUCACCUGUAACCUGCAGGGCCAGGUGAUAGUGACUGAGACAUUGGACUGUUGCCAGAGGAACAGAUGCGAAUGCAAUGUAUCCCUGUGUCCCGAGCCUCAGCCUUGCUCACCUGGCUACACCCUUGUAACAAAUACAUCUGCUGGACCUUGCUGCCCAUCCUAUGAAUGUGAACCAAAACCGGUCUGUGUUUUCAAUAACACUGAGUACAAGGUGGGAGAAACAAUGCCCAGUGAUGACUGUGAAGUGUGUAACUGCAGCACCAACAUCGACCCGAUAACAAAGUUGCACCUCAACAUCUGUGUUCCAAUGACCUGUGAUACUAACUGCCAGCAGGGCUUUGAGUAUCAGACUGUGCAGGGACAGUGCUGUGGUAUCUGUGUACAAUCCAGCUGCAUCGCAUCCCUGCCCGAUAAUACCACGCAUCUAAUUGAGCCUGGGCAGAGCUGGUCACCCGCAAAUGACAAAUGUAUGACGUACGAGUGUGAAAAGAUCGGAGACAAGCUGACCACUGUAAAGGUCAAAGCUGUGUGCCCAGAGUUCGAUCCUGGGAACUGCAUGCCUGGUACCGAAACAACUGAUGCAGAUGGCUGUUGCCAGACCUGUACCCCAGUUCAGAACUGCAACUUAAUGAAGAACAGCAGCAUCCUGGUGCACAACACAUGUCAAUCUGCAAAUCCUGUAGAGCUGUCCUCAUGCACAGGAUACUGUGGGACGUACUCCCUGUACUCUGCUAACGCAAAUGACUUGGUCCACUCCUGCUCCUGCUGUCAGGAGACAUCUGUCAGCAAGAAGCAGGUACAGCUGCUCUGCCCAGAUGGAUCAUCGAUGGACUACACGUACACAUACAUUGAGAGCUGUAGCUGCAACCCUGUAAACUGCGACACUGUGCCCCCCACGGCGGCUGUAGGAAAGUGAGAUGAAAUGCUGAGGAAAUACUGCUUAUUUAAUCCCUUAAAACGUCUCAGUCGUGAACAUUAGCUACCAGUCUGUCAUGCUUCUUUUAUUUGUCUCUCUCUUUGGCCAUGCUUCUUAAUAUUAAACAUUAUUUGUUUUAACUGUUAAAGGUAUAUUAACAAAAGUAAAAAUGCAGUCCCAGUGGUACUGCUCCGCUUUCCUGUAUUCGCUUCUCAAUAAACUAUAGCUGUGCAAUUCUCAUGA